CGUGAUUAUAUUUGAAGAAUUGAAAUACCAAAAUAAAUGUUUUUUUAAGUCGAGACCAACGUGAAUUGACUAAAAGAUAAAAAGGAUAUUAAGCAUUUAAAAAAAAACCUAUUAGAGAUGAAGUUGAAUGAAGAAUGAACUGAAUUGAAUUGAUUUGGGGGAAUAGGGUUUAUGAGACGAUGAUUUCAGGUGGAGGAGGAAGAAGUUCAUCGUCAUCAUGGGCACCGACGACCUCAGUCUCAGCUUCGGGAAAGAGAAUUCAAAGGGAAAUGGUUGAACUCAACAACGACCCUCCUCCUCAUUGCUCUGCAGGCCCCAAGGGUGAUAACCUCUAUCAUUGGAUCGCCACCAUUAUUGGUACCUCAGGAACACCUUACCAAGGUGGCAUAUUCUUCCUUGAUAUAAUAUUUCCAACUGAUUAUCCUUUUAUGCCUCCCCAGGUAGUCUUCAAAACUCGCAUUUACCAUUGCAAUGUAGAACCUAAUGGCCGUGUUAGUAUGGGAAUAUUGAAGGAUGGUUGGAGUCCAGCACUAACAAUUACUAAGGUGCUACUUGCAGUUAGAUCGAUUUUGACAAAUCCCGAUCCUUAUAAUGCUGCUGUUCCUGGCAUUGCUCACUUAUAUUUGGGAGACAGAGCAAAACAUGAUGAUAUAGCUGCAGAGUGGACCGUCCGAUUCGCCAAGUGAAUAAUAUAAAGGCCGUUUGAUCGGCUUGGCAGAAGAAUGUUAAUUUCACAUUCUUUCAAUAUGUAUUUUAUUAUCCCAUGAAUUUCACUGCAUUGGAAAUAGUUUGCUGUAUAAUUUCACUGCACUGGAAAUAGUUUGUUGUAUAGUUCAUCGUUAACGUUUUUCUACAUAUUAUAUAUCUAGUUUUUCCACA